AUGGGAAUAAACGUUAGCAAAAGAAGUAUUAAGUAUGCCAAAUUCGAGCCUAACAAAGAGAAUCCAUUUACCUUCAGGGUUCCUUCUAUAAGAUCUGUAUAUAACAUUGGCAAAAUAUUAGGACACGGAAAUUUUGGCGUGGUUAGGGAAGCUGUACAUAUCAGGGAAAAUAAAAAGGUCGCAAUAAAAAUAAUUCAGAAAUCAAUAAUUAAAGACAAAAUUGAAACGCUUCUAACUCCCCCUUUAUAUUAGUACAAAAUAUAGGUAAAAUUUAUAUAUUUUUUGGUAAUUUAAUUCCCUUUAAAUUUUUUUCUUUAAUAGAAAAAUUUUAUAAUUCGAUAAAAUUAAUUUUGACCUAAUUUAAUGGGAAAAGUUCAAAUAGAAUAUACUUAAACAGCUUAAAACUUGAAUUGAUUAAUUUUAUUAAUUAAUUCGUCAUAAAUACCCCAAAAAAUUCAAAAAUAUUGGAUUCAAUUUAUAGUAAUUUUUUUAAAGAAAAUUAGCCCCCCUUUAAAUUGAAAAGGAUUUUUUGUUUCAUUUUAAAGGAUUAAGAGAAAUUGAGAUUCUUAGAAAGCUUGAUCAUCCAAAUAUUGUUAAAUUUUAUGGAGCAUAUGAAGAUGACGUGAACUUGUAUAUAGCAAUGGAACUUUGCUCUGGCAGAGAACUGUUUUACAAAAUAAUCAAUACUGAUCACAUAGAAGAAUACAAGGCUCAAGUAAUUAUGAGAAAAAUCCUUAUGGCUGUGAACCAUCUACAUGCAAAUGGCAUAGUACACAGGGAUUUAAAGCCAGAUAAUAUUUUAUUUGAAUCAGCUGAAGAAGGCGCGGACAUAAAACUCGUAGACUUUGGGCUUUCCCGCGUCUUUAAAAGCAAGUCCAAGCAUUUUCACACAGUAGUGGGCACUCCAUUUUAUAUGGCUCCUGAAAUUCUUAAAGGUUCUUAUAAUUAUAAAUGCGAUUUAUGGAGUGUCGGGAUUAUUAUGUACAUUAUGAUUUGUCGUAGAUUACCCUUUUGCGAGCAAUUUGACUGUGACACUUUUAAAAAGAUUAAAUCUGGAAACUUUGAUACCGAUAAUGAGUUGUGGAAGCAAGCGUCAAGUGAUGCUAAAGAUUUAAUUCAAAAACUUUUAGAAAUAAAUCCUUCAAAAAGAUUGUCAGCCGCUCAGGCAUUAAAUCACCCAUGGUUUAAAUCAAUCCCAAAAGCCAAAAUUUCGAUUGAUAAGCCCCUCCUUUCAUCUUUUCAGGAUUAUUCUAAAGCAUCUCUUUUCCAAAAACAAAUAUGGAAAAUCGUAUAAUAUGAUAGGCUAUUAUGUGAAUAAUAUAGCUGAACUUAUAUUUGUCUCCUUUAUAAGAUUGGCUGAUAACCUAUUAAGAACAUUUUUUAUUUAUAUUUGGAGCCAUAGCAAAAAUUUUAAGCUUUUCUGAUUUGAAAGAGCUUAAGCAGAAAUUUUUAGGCCUAGACAAAAAUUUGAAUGGAAAAAUCACUAUGAAAUAUUUUGCAAAAAUUUUGAAGAAAAGCGAUCAUAAACUAGAUCAAGAUGAAAUAAAAGAUCUUAUCAAAGCUAUUGAUAUUGAUCAGAAUGGAGCCAUAAGCUAUUCAGAAUUUUUAGCUGCAGCGCUCUAUUCUAGACAUCAUUUAGAAUCAGAUGAAAUAAGGACUAUUUAUAAUCUACUUGAUUUCAAUAAAAAAGGCUUUAUAUCAUCCAAAGAUAUAGAGCUCACAUUUAAUAGAUACGGAAUCAAAAUUAACACAAAAUCUAUAAUGAGCGAAAUUAGGAAAACAGAAGAAGACACAAUAACUUAUGCAGAGUUCAUACAUACCUUUGCGUAA